AUGUCCUCCUCAAACUACUCCUUCAAGUGUGCACUCGUAACCGGCGGAGGCGGCGGCAUUGGCAAAGCCCUCGCCCACCAACUCAUCAAAGACGGCAAGAAAGUCAUAAUCUGCGGGCGCACGGAAUCAAACCUCCAGUCUGCGUCAAAAGAGAUAGGCGCAGCAGCAUACUACGUCCUCGACACGGGCGCCGUCUCCUCUAUACCCGCCUUCGUCGAAAAGUUGACAUCCGAACACCCCGAGCUCGACUGCCUAAUCAACAACGCCGGCGUGCAAAGACCUUUGGAUGUCAACAAAGACACUGCGGAGGAUUUUGCAAGCAAAGCAGACCAAGAAAUCGACAUCAACAUCCGCGGCCCCAUGCAUCUCGCUCUGCACCUACUCCCCCAUCUCAAGACAAAGCAACACCCACUCAUCGUCAACAUAUCCUCCGUCCUCGGCUUCGUGCCUGUCAGCAUCCAAAACCCCGUGUACAACGGGACGAAAGCGUUCGCGCAUUUCUGGUCCAUGGCGCUGCGCCAACAGCUCCUCAAUACUAAUGUGAAGGUGGUGGAGAUUGCACCGCCGACGGUGGCGACGGAUCUACAUCGUGAGAGGGAGGAUCCGGACGAUAAUAAGAAGGAGAAGAAUCAGGGGGCUUUGAGUGUGGAGGAGUUUGUUGAUGAGGUUAGGGGGAAGUGGAGGGGAGGCGAGGAGUGUAUUGGGGCGGGGAUGGCGGCAAAGAUUGUGAAGACUUGGGAUGAGGGGAUGGGUGGGCACAACAACACCACGACACAAACUUGCGCGCGCACCACCAAAUCGCACAAAAUGGCGCCCCGCAGUGCGAUCGCAAACUACUCCUUCACCGUCGACUCGGGCUCCGACGACGACGAGCUCAACGCGCUGCCCACACCCGAAUCCAACGCCGAAAACAGGGCGCCGGCGAAGAAAGCGCGUGGAAAAGCCGCGCAAACCAAAGUGACGGCGACUGCGACUAAGGCGACCGCAAAAGGAAGGCCGGCGACGCGUCGGGUCAGCGGCUCGAGCGUGUUGGGCGUGAAGAAGACGAGUGCGGCAGUCGUGAAAAAGGCGCCUGCCAAGGGCGGGCGCAGAGCCCUUGCUGAGCGCAACGCCGUCAAUGGCAGCGAUACGGAAGAGGUGGACGAUUUUGAGGAGGACGUCGCGCCACCUGUCAAGGCCACUAAGAGAGGUCGACCAGCGAAGGCACAUGAAGAAGUCGUAGAGGCACCGGCGCCCGCGAAGAGAGGGCGCAAACCGGCGGCGCAAGAACCUGCGCCGAAGAAGGAGCCGAAGGCGCGGACGAGACGUGUGGCAGCAGAGCCCGAGCCUGCGACAAUUCCCGAGACGCAGCCUGAGCCGGAAGAAGAUCCCAUGGAUAUCGAGGAUUCGAUAGAGGUGGAUGAGAUACCGGAGAGCAUGCCGCCGCCGCCGCGACCAUCGGCACGACGCGCACAGGUACCACCAAGCAGGGCGCGACAGACUUCAGCUGGUGCACGCCGAGCGGGAAGCGCGUCGGAUUCUGAGCGAGAUCCGGUUCUGCGGCGGAAAGUCGGCGAUUUGACGAGGAAGCUGGAGGCUAUGACGGUCAAGUACGAGACGCUCAAGGAGGCGGCGUCGUCAGGGAAGGAGUCGAACUUUGAGCAGCUGCGGAAGAGGACUGAGCAGACCGCAAAGGCAUUCCCAGACCAAGACGCAGUCAUCAAAGCCCUGAAACAGCAAAUGGCAGAACUCCAGUCCCGCACCUCCGACCUCCCCUCAAUGAAGAAGGAAAUCGCCUCGCUCUCCAAAGAAAACACGCGCCUCGCAUCCGAAAACAAGAAACUCUCCGACUCAGUCACCGCCGCGCAAAACGAGAGCAAAACACUCUCCAACAAACUCGCCGCCGCGCGCUCCUCGCAGCAGCCCGAGUCCAAGAACGUCCCCGGAAGCGCCGUGAAGCCCAGAUCAAACGGCGUCGUAUUGCCAGGUACGGCGGAGGCUGCAAAGGAAGCGCAACUCGCAAAGCAGAAAGUCGAUCUGUACAGCGACUUGACCAACCUGAUCAUCCUCGGCAUGAAGCGCAACGAGGACGAGGAAGACGUGUAUGAUUGUCUGCAGACUGGAAGGAAUGGAACUCUUCACUUCCACCUCACUGUCGCCGCCUCCGCCGAUUCCGCAUACGAAGACACAGAAUUCGUGUACCAGCCGCUCCUCAACGACCAGAGAGAUCGCGAGUUACUCGAUUUACUGCCGGAUUACUUGACCGAGGAGAUUUGCUUUCCGCGCGGGCAGGCGGCCAAGUUUUAUUGCAAGGUCGUGGAUAGUAUGAGUAAGAAGAUUGUGUUAGAAGAGGAGGAUGAGUAG